AUGCUUUCUCCAUCUCCACAGCUUCUACGUGUCUUGCGCACGUCUAUAGCAAAUGACUAUGUCUUAACUUCCGGCCCAUCCCACCCAAUUCGCCACUCUUUAAGCUCCAGGCUAUCAUACCGCAAAUACAGCAGUGGUAACACCAACAUCACUCCUCACAGACCUUCUCGGGUCGCACCUCGUUCGCAACCCCCAAAGCCACAAACACACGAUCGAGGGCCGCGGUCCGACGAAAAGACCCAAACAGAUUUCGCGGAGCUGAAUGUUUUUGGGAAUAUUCCUACUCCCGCGACUGCGGUUGAUGCAUGCUUAGAUGAUGGAUUUCAUUUGGAUAACGGUGUGAAAAUUACCAAUGGCGAUGGUGUCUUGCUUGUAGCCGGGGAAGCUUUUGCUUGGCGGCCAUGGCAGUCAUUGAAGAAUACGGACAAUCCCAGGAAAUCCAUGGUUAAUGAGAAGGGGCAGUUUGAGUUACCGGAAGAAGCAUGGGGACUGUUGAGUCUGGUUUGGCCUCGGCCUGAUAUUUUGAUUAUAGGCUUAGGAUCGAGCAUUAUCCCGUUGUCACCUCAAACGAAGAGACAUGUCAACUCUUUGGGAAUCAGGGUCGACGUCCAGGACACUCGCAAUGCGUCAGCACAGUUCAAUCUACUUGCUACCGAACGAGGCGUCACUGAAGUCGCGGCAGCUAUGAUUCCAGUGGGGUGGAGUGCUCGAUAGGGCACUGGUCAAAUUAUGCAUUUGUACUAUAGAAACUCCCUUUAAUCCGGAAAAGACAUGUCAAAAAAUAAAUAAUAAAAUGUAGCAAGGGCAAUGCGAAUAAUUCAGGAUUC